CGACAAUGGAACCUUAAUGGCGAUUAGGAGUCAACUAAACUCUACCAGAUUUCUCAUAACUCAGGGAGUAUUCACGUGGGUUGGAGGCUUCUCUGCUGGAUCAUUGGGCUUGAAUUGGGCCUCAAAGUUCCUCUCUCGGUCUACCAUUGCUUCGGGUCUGCUCCGACUUAGCCCCGGACAAAAACGAACAUCUACAAUAUUCAUAUUGUGUGGAAUUUAUUAUCAUGGAAGGUGACAAUCUAACAAGGCUAUUUCCCGGAGUUUCUUUGGAUUGGCCUUUUCUGAAGUUGGAUUCGAUUCAUCUCUUCGGAAUUUUAACUUCAUUGGUUAUUCUACCAACCGUCUUGUUAAACGAUAUCUGUUUGAUUUCUUAUCUUUCAGCUGGUGGGGUUGUUGCUACAUUGGUAAUAGGUCUUUGUCUUCUGUAUCUCGGUACACUGGGCGGUGUUGCCUUCCAUCAUACCGGUAAAGCUGUGAAUUUGAGCGGCCUUCCCGUUGUAAUCGGUGUGUAUGGACACUCUGUGUUUCCUAAUAUUUAUCAAUCAAUGGCUGAUAAAUCACAAUUUAAGAAAGCAAUGCAAAUAUGUUUCUUUUUGUGUAUAGUAUUGUACGGAAGCGUUGCAGUAAUGGGUUAUCUAGAGUUUGGUCAAAGCACAUUGUCUCAAAUAACUUUGAAUAUGCCACCAGAUGCUUUUGUUUCUAAAAUCGCGUUGUGGACGACAGUUAUCAACCCACCCACAAAAUAUGCAUUAUUGUUGAUCCCCUUGGCGAGGAGCAUAGAGGAGCUGUUGCCGGAUCAUGUUGUGGAUAGCUUAUGGUGUUUCGUUCUUCUGAGAGCAGUAUUAGUCUUUUCUACCGUUGUCGUUGCAUUUGUCAUGCCUUUCUUCAGUCUUCUGAUGGCUUUAACCGGUUCUCUUCUAAGCUUCAUGGUGGCUAUAGUAAUGCCAUCACUAUGUUUCAUUAAGAUUGCCGGGAGAAAAGCUUCAAGGAUGGUUUUGAGUGCAACAAUCGUUGUAAUAGCCGCAGUGUGUGCAAUGCUUGGGACUUAUAUAUCAGUGCGUGGGAUUGUGAGUAAUUACUGAUACAUGGGGGCAUAGCUUCCUGCUGGUUCUCCACCUGGAGAUUGUCAUCGUGGGAAUGUUGCUGCUGGGAGGAAAGGAUCCUUCACUCUAAAACUGCUGCCCACAUAUAUAUUCGAUUAAGAAUACAGUAUUUGCAAGACAUUCAAGAAUAUCUAGGACUCAGACAUGUUAUUUGUUGGUCAUGUUAUUGCUUUGACGAUGGCUCCCCGCUUUGCUUGCUAACAUUUUAUUACAGGUUAUGGCCUUAGGUUUCACUGACC